AUGUCGUCUCAGCAUCCCAACAUGGGCAACCCGCCUCAGGCUGUGGCCCAGGAGAUCUCUUCCCAUGGAUUUUCCGCCUCUCAGUCCGGUCUUGACUUUACCGCCCAGUCUGGUCUCGACUUUACCUUCCAGUCCGGUCCCGACUUGAACUUUCAGCUCGGCUCUGACUUUACCUCUCAGCUCGGCGCUGACUUUGAGCUGCAGCAACAGGAGUUUGAAAAUGGCAUGCCUACCGGCCCUACUCCUCUUGGCUCUCAGCAGCAGCACCAGCAGACGAACCAGUUCAUCUCUUCUUCGUCUUCCCCUGCUCCUGAGAAUUUCAACAACUCUCGCCCUAUGGUGGUUGGUUCUCACCACUACCGCCCCGAGAAGUUCUUCAAGCCCAUGAUGUCUGCUCCUACUGCCAACAUGGCUAACCAUGGUCCUGGCAACUUUGAUAAUUACCAGCCACAGAUGAUGGCUAACGGUCAGAACUUGGCCAUGAGUAACAUGCAUGUUCAUCCCCAUCUUGGUAACAGGCAGGUCCCUCCUAUGGGAUAUGGCCAGGCCAAUUUCAUGAACAACAUGCACAACUCUCGUGUGGGUGAUUUCAUGAACGGCAACCAGGUCCCGCUCAUGAAUGGUAUGCAGAUGCCUCCCAUGGGAAACAACCAGGUUGAUUUGAUGAACUUCAACAAUGCUGCUCUCAUGCAGAACUGUCUCAUGGCCGACACCAUGAACUUCAAUCAUGCUGCUGCUGUGGGAAACAUGCAGAACCUCCCUAUGGGCAAUGACAUGAACACCAAUCAGUCAAUUUACUUUAACGGUAUGCAGAUGCCUGACAUGGGCAACACUGGGUCUCCAGCCAUCCCCAACUUUCAGGGUGCUCGACAGCAGAGGAUCUCACUUCGCCCUACUGCUCCGGCCUUUGUCCCCAACCAGAACAACAUGCUUCCUCAGCAGGCUGUCCCUAUCGACAACAUGCACCAGCAGCCCUUCAUUCAGGGUCAGAUGCAACAGCCAUUCUCCCCUCUUCCUGCGAUGAACAUGCCACCUCAGAUGACUGGCCUCAAAAGACCCUUCGUUCAGGUGAAUGACCAACAGGGUCAGCGUCUGCAACCCCAUGCCGUGCAAAUGCACCAGCGUUCCAUGGCCCCUGCCCUCAAAGGGAAUGCCAAACCUAAGCGAACCAAGCAACCUGCUAAGCGACGUGUCAAGCAACCCGCCCAGGCUGGUUCUGAGCCUCAACCUGCUCAAGGUGUCUUUCAGACUCAACCUCCUGAAGCUAUCUUCGAACAGCAACCUGCUCAAGAUGUUUCUGAGCCGCAACCCAGUGUAUCGCAGACGGCCACCUCCGUCAGCAAUGCCGAGGCUACCAGAGUUGUCAGUAUCGAGAAGGGGAGCGGAUAUUUAGGUGACGCCCUCUACGUAGAGCCCUCGGGGGGUUCUCAACAGGGUGGUCUAACCAACUUCAACGUCGAGCCCCGAGGUUCUCUGAAUCCUGCUGAACAAAUUACUUCUGGCUUUCUGGCUUCUGCUCCUGUGUCUUCUACCCAUGCUGCCAAUCCUCCGGUACCAGCCCAAAAAGUCACAAAGAAGACCAAAGCGAAGCAAGUGGAUAAAGCGAAGUCAUUGGAUGAAGCUGAGGCAGCAGGUAUCCCCGUCCCCCCCAGCCAGCGUCGCUUCGUCACUCUCAGUCGAAGUGAUUCUCGAGUCACCAAAAAGAACGGUAAAGAUUGCGCUCCCCCAUCUGAUGCCUAUAGCAGUAAUUCCUCUUCCUUCUUCCCCCCUCAUGUCUCCCAACAUUCGUUACUGACCAUGCCUGCAGUCUACGUGCUGGGUACCGAAGCUGUCACCAACGAAGCUGUCACCGACGAUGCGAAGCUCGUCAAGCUCCUCGGGUUUCAAAAAAUGGCCAACAACCUACGGGCUGAAGACGGACAACGGGCUCGAGACCAACAACGGCGUCAAGACCAACGGGUUCCAAACCCACCUUCAGAGACCGUCACCAGCAAGAAGAAGCGCAAGGUUACCAAGGAACAGAUGAGGAAAGCUUCCCUCGAAUCUGCCUAUCUCGAAAAUGAAAACCUUGCUCAAUCUAACCCCGACGAGAGCUUCACUGACCAACCUCCUACUGCUCAGGCUCAAGCUGCUCCCGUUUCUCAGCCUAUUUCUGACGAGAGCUUCACUUCUCAAGUUCCUGCUGAUGACGAGGCUAUGCCCGGGCGUACUUUUGACAGUGGCUCCGACGCUCAGCCCUCUCCUGCUCUUGAAAAUCUCACCGAAAUGAAUGAAUAUGGCUACCAGGAUAUGCUCAACGACAAUGCUGGCGAUGAUUCCCUGAACUUCUAUCCUUCCUUGCCUUCUGGAGACGCCAAGAUUGGCCUCCAAAUAGCGCCUGCCACCAACCAAGACAACUCUCUCACGUCUGCUAUCAUCGAUCCUCCUACCGCCGACUUAGACAACCCUGUCACGUCUUUUACCACCGUCCCUUCGGGCUCCUUCAUCGACCCGGUCAGUGGUGUGGAUGUUGGGCCUCUACAAGAAUUCCUUAAUUCCAAUGACCCUCCCUCCGACCAGCUUCCCUCUGCUCAACUUCCUCCUGAUCAACUUCCCUCUGAUCAACUUCCUCCUGAUCAACUUCCUCCUGAUCAACUUCCUCCUGAUCAACUUCCUCCUGAUCAACUUCCCUCUGAUCAACUUCCCUCUGAUCAACUUCCUCCUGAUCAACUUCCCUCCGAACAGGCCGCUCAGCUUCAAGUCGACCCUUCUCUUUCCAAUCCUGCUAAAGACGACGUUGGCGUUUCUGUGCGGGAUCCUGACAUGUUUACAGGUGAAUAUCACCGCCGAUAUCUUGCUCAGGAGGACGUUCAGGAGGACACUCAGGAGAAUGUUCAGGGGAAUGCUCAGGAGGACCUUGUCGCCCCACAAGGCAACCAGUUGCGCAAGGUCUCCAACAAUCUUGAACGUCUUCUUCGGGAGCAGUUUGGUGACGCAGCUGGAGAGAAACACAUCCCAGAUGAGCACGUUGCCCUCUAUAACAAGUACAUAAAUCGAGCUACAUUCCUCCCCCAGGAAGUGGAGGCUCUCGGGGAGUUCUCAAAGACUUACCCUUUUAUUAACAUCGAUCUCACGCUUAUCAGAACCGAGUCUGGCAAGGGCCUUCCUGCCGCGGGUGAGGGUCUUGGUUUGGGUGAAUCCUCAAAAGGAACACAUCCGUUUUCUCAAGAUUCCGAUAUUCCUGACUUCAACAGCGCUCACGGUAUCGUAUCUUCUUCUUCCAACGACAUCACUGUCAACACUGCUUCCAUCAGAUUCCCCAAUGCGCCCACCACUCGCCUUGCAGAUAUGCCCUACUCUCCUGUCGUAUCCCCCUCUCGACCUCCUGCUAAUUACUUCUAUCCUCAACCUCAACCACAGCCCCAGUUCCAACCCCGAGACCCUCACAACACAGUCUUGUCUGACGAUUGGUACACAGAGUUUAUGAACCAAGGCAUGGAGAUUCCCAUGAACAACGAGCCAAAUGAGCAGGCAACCAACACUACCAACACUACCACCACUGUCAAUACUUUCAAUACUUCCAACACUGUCAACAAUGUCAACACUAUCAAUACUGGGGCCAACAACAAGCGCAAGGCGGGUAACAACGAGGGAUCUACAUCAAACAAGAAGGCCCGCACCAACAAAGGUUGA